UCCAACUUCAUGUUAUACUUCCUGUACUAUCGGCCAUAUUUCCUUUUCUUUCCGCAUUUGACGCUGUCAAAGUGAAUUAAACAUGCAGAAGCAAAAACGUGAACCGUUGCACUCAGUGCAAGUUUUUGGUAGAAAGAAAUCCGCCACCGCGGUCGCUUAUUGUAAACGAGGACGUGGUAUUUUGAGGGUAAAUGGACGCCCGUUAAAUCAAGUUGAACCAAAAAUGCUUCAAGAUAAAUUACAUGAACCCAUUUUAUUAUUGGGAAAGGAAAAGUUCGCUGCUGUUGAUAUCAGAGUAAGAGUAAACGGUGGUGGACAUGUUUCACAAAUUUAUGCCAUCAGACAAGCUAUUUCAAAAGCGUUGGUGGCUUAUUAUCAAAAAUAUGUUGAUGAAGCCUCCAAAAAAGAAUUAAAAGAUAUUUUGAUUCAAUACGAUAGGACUUUAUUGGUUGCCGAUCCACGUAGAUGCGAACCCAAGAAGUUUGGAGGUCCAGGUGCUCGUGCACGUUAUCAAAAAUCUUACCGUUAAGACAUUUAUUAUAAAAAAAUGUUUUGUUGUAUGUAUUUAUAAAUAAAAUCAUACUACAAGAAUUAA